CACCCGUCGGGGCGGGCUCGGGCAGGCCAGGUGAGGCGGUCCCGGCCGUGCCUCACCCUCCCGCCGCAGCCUCCUGCUCUCGCUCCCGGCCGGCGCUGCGCUGGGAGUGCCGGAGGCAUGGCGGAGUCCCAGGUGCUCCUGCUGGACGAGCUGCACGUCAACGAGAAGGUGACAGAGGCCCAGGCCCGCUUCUACUACAGCGAGGAGCAGCGCCGAGCCCUAGAGGCACUGGUGACCCGCGGCGAGGCCGCGUACCGGGAGGCGCUGAGGAAGGAGCAGCUCCGCGAUUUCCUUUCCGGCCGGGAGCUGCAGGACCUGCGGGGCGGCUGGCGGGGCUACGACGACCCCCAGGAGUGUGGCAAGGUAGCGCGGGGGCCCGGCGGCGAGACCCUUUCGCUGGCCUACUGGCCCGAGUGCUCGGACACCGAGGUGCCCCCGCUGGACUUGGGUUGGACCGACAAGACCUUCUACCGUGGCAUCAGCCGGGUGUCCCUCUUCACACACCCGCGCAAGGAGGAGAGCGCGCCGCACCUGAAGGAGGUGGUCCGGGAGAUGAUCCAGCAGGCGCAGAAGAUUAUUGCAGUGGUCAUGGAUGUAUUUACAGACCGGGACAUCUUCCGCGAUAUUGUUGAUGCAGCAUAUAAGCGCUGGAUCCCAGUCUAUAUAAUCCUAGAUGAGGAGGGUGUGAAGCUUUUCCUGGAAAUGUGCAGAUGCCUUGACCUCAGUGACUUGCAGAUCAGGAAUAUCCGCAUACGCUCUGUGACAGGAGUUGGGUUCUACAUGCCAUCAGGGAAGAUCAGAGGCACACUGGCAUCCCGAUUCCUGAUGGUAGAUGGUGAAAAGGUGGCCACUGGAUCAUACAGCUUCACAUGGACUUCAUCCCACAUUGAUAGAAACAUCCUGCUAGUCUUGACAGGACAGCACGUGGAGAUGUUUGACAUUGAGUUUCGCGAGCUCUAUGCCAUCUCAGAGGAAGUUAAUUUAUACAAGGAACUGGGUAUUGCUAACCCAUUCCUCCUUGGAAUUGGGAAGCCAGGCCUUCAUUCCUCCACUGUGUCUCGGAAGUUCAUUAACCCAAAGUAUGGUUUAGUAGCAGGGGCAACCCGUGGUGAUAUGAUGCUCUGGGCUUCAUGGCACAGGCAAGGCAAUCAGGGAAACAGGGAAAAGGAGGAAACAAGUGAGUCAAAGAAACGGUUAAAUCAGUUCCUGAAUGACUUAGUCACAUUGGAGCAAGUGUUCCCAGAAAUAGAUCCACCUCUGGAAAACUUGAACAAGCUGAAUCGGAGCCCCCAGAAACUGUUGUCUAGGCUCCACAUGGACCUGAAAAAUAAAUCCAAAUCCAGAGAGUCUAUUUGUGACAUAAAGAAAGAUGCACAGACCAAUGCAAAGCAAGGAAAACGGUUUGCCAGUGGGCUUUUCAGUCGCAAAGCCAAGCGGUCUCCAGGCUCAAGCGUUGAGGCCAAUUCUUUUGUGAGUGAAGGACAUUCAGGAGAAGACCUUGGGAACAUGAAACUGGAAUAUGAGAGGCUCAGCAUUGGCCAUGCAAGUGUUCGGAGCACUGGAGGCAACUCAGGUAACCUGAAUCCAAACUCCACUAUGAGCGAUAAAAACAAGCAAUCUACCUGUGUGUUAUCUUGAUUGGGAAGGAUUGUCUGGAGAACUAAAGACUGAAUCACAAGCUGGAACAGUAACUUCUUGAUUGAUUUUGAACCUACAGCCAUAUCCUCAUGCAGUGACCUGUUAAGCCACUGUGGGGUGGAUCCUGGAUGCAUCUGGCACCCCCAGCUAAAGCAUAUUUACUGGGUGAUGAAUAGGCUUUGGAUAAUCGGUCCCUUAAAUGAGGGUUAGUGUUGCCAUGAAUUUUCCUGGUUUGCUGAGCGUUCAUAUUAAAGGAGAAAUGUGCAGUUUCUCACGCUGGUGAAUUGUAAACACAGGACCAUGUUUUGUAAAUAUUGGCAAUGUUAUGAAUUCUUUCUCCAAGAGAAGGGGAGGUUGAAUGACAGCCUCCUGGACCAAUGUGACAGGAGAGGUGGCGAUACCCUUCUCCAAUCCAUGGUCACCUUGCCACAGAUAUAUAAUGGAAAAAUAAACUAAGGGCAGGUCUUCUGCCCUGCUGCUGUUGUUGCACCCAGAUCUGUGUCCCCAGUCUGUUUUUCCUGGUUGGGCCUCCACGGUGAUAGGUUAGUGAUGAAUGUCUAUGUGCACACAUAGUUUGUAUAUAAAAACAACUGUGAUGACUAGUGUCAGAGCUUGUCUGUGCCCAGAGAAAUGCAAGAGAUUUUCUGAUUUACUUGUGCUGCUACUUCAGUCUGUCAACUACAGACUUGGAAUCACUGUUGCAUUGUUUACUGCACUGCAAAAAUAUAUUGAUCUGACUGGCUGUAAGGCUGAAUCCAAUUGAAGUGGCAAAUUUUGGGUGAAAUAAGGAUGUUUACAGACAGUGGAGCAACCCUUUGUCCACAAGGAGUCUUCCUGUAGAUUCCUGUUGUCACUUGCCCACACAGAAAUGAGUGGUUUGGGAGAAGGGCUUAGCUAACAGUGGCCAACAGAGCAGUAUCAGACUGUUCCACGUCAAAAAUGUAGCAGUCGAACAAAGUGAUUUAGCAAGAAUGUGGUAAAGAAAAAAAAUGGAAUAUAGAGCAAUGUUUAACAUACACUUGAGACUGGGUCAGUGUGGAACCGACACACAGAAUAACAAGGUGGAGGCAAGAGGUCUGCAGUGCAGAGCUGCUCCCCAAAAAGAGGGCGAGCCUGUUUAUUUCUUCCAUUUUUAUACAUUUGUGGGUCUGGUUGUGCAUUGGCUUCUGGAGUUACUACCCCUUCACCCCACCAGCCAGACCAACUGUCAACUGACAUUAUCUUCAGGCUAGAAAUAUGUAAACAAAAGACAGUGAACAAAAACAAGAAGGUUUGUUUAUGUUCCAAGGCAUGAGAACCUGAAAAAACUGCUCCUAAUAUUGUGCAGAAACUAAAGAACUGAAUCCAUCUUAUGUACAAUGCAGAAGGCUUAGAAAAACUCAGAAAAACCAGGGCAACAGGUCAGGAGAAACGGCUGAUGAGAGGCCUGGGCAGGAUCUGGUAGCAGUAAUACGGACUUCAGUGGCUGUUACGAAAUCCUUGUUGUCACUAAUUCAGCAAUACUUUUACCAUUCAUGGAAACUGAAUUAUUAAGGAGCACAUCUUUGAGGGUUGAAAGAGGAAGUAGAGGAGGCAUGCAAGCUUUUUAAAAUGUGCUUUUUUUCCCCUUAAGUUAACCUUUCCAAAAUCUAAAUCAUGCUAAAAUUGAGAGCUUUGAUCCAUAAGCAGGAUUGUGUGCAAUCAGACCAUCUGAUCUGCCGUUCUGCUUCUGAGAAUAGCCUGAAACAGGUGAUCACAGAAGCAUGAAAUACAAGGCUUGUAUAUACAAAGGUGUUUCUCUGACACCAUUCCAGCAGUCUAUGGACUUUCUUAUCUUUCUGGCAGUUUCUUCUGGACCUGACCUUAAUGAAGGCAUUUGGUCCCUUUCCAAAAAUCCUUUUUUACUUUUGAAAAAAGUAAAAAAGGAUCUACCUCAAAAAUGUUCUGUGGUAACAAACCCUAAACUCAUUGCAUGGUACAAAAAAGAACUGUUGUUAGGCUGUUUAAAUGGUUUCCUUGAUGAUUUCCUCAUAGCUACUAUGGGAUCUGACUGGUACUUCUGUUCUCUUGUUCACUAUCCACUUUCCAGUUCUACUCACUAACAGUGGAUAAACUUUGUGGAUAAAGAUUGUUUUUGUCUCUACAGUGGGCAGACUUACAUUUCACUCUUCUUACCUGCCAUUUAAAUUACAUGCCCUGUUGUCAUAAGUAAAUCCACUUGCGACACCUGAAAACUAACGUGCCUACUUGCCAAAGAAAAAUUUAAACAUCAAAAAACAACAGGUUUAGUUUUCUUGCUUUUUGUUGAGAGGAACCAUCUGGUUUUUUAGCUACACAACAAAUUCAUAGUGAAGGCAAUUGAUGCACUCCCAACACAGAAGCAGCUGAUCCAAAGACCCUUUCAGGUGCAGCAGAGGUUGUUACACACAAACAGCUGUCUGUAGUUGAUGAUAAAAUGCAAUUGAUUGAUUCACUGAUUGAUUAAUCAAGCCUUUCCUUGAAGUACAUUUAACUUGAACGGCAAGCAGAUCCAUUUUACUCUAUUUACCCUGCAUCUUGAGAUGCUAAAAUACAAAAGGUAUUGUACCCUCUGUUAAACAUACUCCUCCUCACUCCAUGGGUUAAAUGCUUGCUACUCUAUAUAAUAUUCUAUACAGCCUUCUGGGAAUAAGCUGUAGUUUUACAGCUGGGUUUGUCAGCUCACAUUAUGAGGAGUGUUUCAUGAAAUUGUUCCUGGUUAUGGCAAAAAAAAAAAAGUGUUGGAAAUGACACCACCACUAGGAUGUAGAAGUGACUUGAUAGCUAAGUUAUCCUGUUGGCUUCAUGUGUGUAGUUUAUAUGCCCAAAGCUACUCACUGUAUUUGCAGGAUUGUCAAAAGUGGUUUGAUUUUGCCAUAUUUUGUUUACUCUCCAGACACUGGGAGACUUUUUUUUCUCUCUUUGUAUUUAUUUCACUUUGUUAACAAAGAUCACAUUAAAAUUUAUUAGGCUGAUGUUGUUCCACGUUUUGUUCUGAUAACAACAGUGUCAUCUGGUGCUUCCUUGUCCUCCCAAGAUUUAAUUUUUUUUUUAAUUGUGCAAUAGGUUAAUUAACUAAUUAGCACCAUGUUGAUAUAUAUGGUCAGAUUUUCCAGGAAGUCCUUUAUCUCCUUGUUGCUUCACCUUGAGUAAAUACAAAUACUCCAAGAGGCUGGUUUCACUUGCCCUUCCUUUCCUUCUGCAUUUAUACAUAAAUGCACUUUACUUUCUCUUUUCUGUGGUGGAUGUCAGAGCUCUUUUCUUUACCUGUGAACUAACAGGAUAUCCCUCCCAGAGAAAGUCUUUCAUCUGCUUGUCUUCUUUGUUGCCAUACCAGUUCCUGAAAGGUAAUGUUCACUUGCUUUCAAAUUCUUUCCAUGCAAGUCAGUCUCAUGCCUUGACUCCAGGGGCUAGUAGAAUUUCUUAGGCUUAUCACAAACUGCUUAAUUACUUAAUUUGAGAGAACAGACUUGCUUUUUUGUAUGAUAAAAACUUGCUUUUAAACUCAGCAUUACUCUGAGGAUGCACACAGCCUUGUUGAUCCAGAGUGGAGGUUUCAGGCUCUGGUGGAACUAGUUUCUCCCUGAAGAUAAAAUCUGUUGAAGCUGGUGUAUUUAGCUGCUCCUAUGCCAAUAGAAGUGAGUCUGCGUGAGGUGACCACAUUUAUUUUGACUAGUUUUUGCUAAUUGUGGUUCUUGAUGAGUGCUAGAAACCUGGGGCUGUGACCUGUAAAAUGACCCUCUUUUCCUCUCCAGAUAAAAUGUGGUGAUGGUGCUGGAGGUCACAGAGGCAAAGAGCAGUGCUUAGUAAUUUUGUUGGAAGUCUGCCAGCAGAGGUUGAAAGUACAGCAGUCUUCAAAUAAGCUGUCAUUUGGUGCUUGCCCAAGAUGACUCCUCUGGUAAUCAAGUCGCCAACAUCCCAAGGGGGUGGGAAAGAUGGGAAUUGUUGUUCUGUUGAGAGCCAGAUUAGCUCUCUUUGGCAUCUGUAUCCUGACCCUGUACAAUCCCAAGAGGACACCUGUCCUCUGGAUCUCUUUCCCUCUUUGGCUGGUCUGUGUGGAACACUUUGGGGCUUACAGCUGUGGUCCUAGUUUUGGACGAAGUAACAAAGCUGGAGCUCAUGGCUCUCUCUUUCUGGCCUGCAAUGGUGAAUGGUUCAGAAAGAGCCACUUGGCUGAAUGUGUGCCUUCUGUGUUUCUUUUGGUAUGCGUUUGUAUAUUUAAUGUAUAUGUGUCCAGUUAAUUAUAUGGGAGACCUUUUCUAAGUCAAACAAAUAAACUCUUCACUGUGUUACAUUUA